AUGCCCAUCACAAUCCUCGCCCCGAGGGGCACACCGUCACACCACAAGCCCGCACGCUUUACCGCUGCCGCCGACUCGGAUUCGGAUUCUGAUGGCGGCGCCGAUAUCGAGGGAGAUAUCCCCAUGCGCCCGGCGAAGCGCGCCCGCGGCGACAACUACGAGAUCGUCACACCGGGUGAGAUCAUCACUGACGACCCCCAGUGGAUGAGAGGCCACGGAACCUACAUUACCCCCACGACGACAGAAAUCGUCUCCUCCGUCGCCGGCACCGUAACCCGCACCAACAAGCUCCUCUCCGUCCGCCCCCUCCGCGCCCGCUACACCCCCGAGAUCGGCGACCUGGUCGUCGGCCGCAUCGUCGAGGUCCAGGCGAAGCGCUGGCGCGUCGACGUCGGCUCCUCGCAGCUCGCCAUCCUCCAGAUUUCCGCCAUCAACCUCCCCGGCGGCAUCCUCCGCAAGCGCACCGACACGGACGAGUUGCAGAUCCGGUCCUUCUUCGCGGAGGGCGACCUGGUGGUGGCCGAGGUCCAGCAGCUGCACCAGGACGGCGCCGCCAGCCUGCACACGCGCUCCCUCAAGUACGGCAAGCUGCGCAACGGCGUCUUCGUCGCCGUCACGGGCACCGGCGGCGGCGGCGGCGUCGUGCGGGCCAAGAGGCAGCAGUGGGUCAUGGAUGCGGCGCGGGGCGCGAGUAAGGUGCACGUCACGCUGGGCGUCAACGGCUUCAUCUGGAUCAGCAAGCACGUCGAGAGCGACGUGCCCGAGAGCGUGGGGCUCAACCGCAUGGAGGAGAGCGUCAGCGCCAACGUCUACUCGAGCCAGAACGACCGGAUCGACAACGAGACGAUGCGCGAGAUCGCGCGGAUACGCAGCGUCAUCCUGGCACUGGUGGAGAACGGGCUGAGGGUCGAGGAGGACAUGGUUGUCAGGGGGUACAAGGAGGCGGUCGAGAUGGGGCUGGAGAGUGUUGACGACGACAUUUACCUUGGCGGCGAGAGGGGGAAGCGACUUGCCGAGGCUCUGCUGAGGGAGUAG